CCUUUCUCGUCGUGUCUCCUUCAAUCCAUCAUGGCUUCAGCUACGGAGGAAGAAGCAAGCAAGCUCCGGGUUUUCUUCAUCCCCUUCUACGCCUCGGGACACAUUAUCCCCAUGACCGACCUCGCCCGCCUCUUUGCCGCUCGCCCUGGCGUGGAGCCCACCAUGGUCCUCACCCCCGCCAACGCUGCCCUCAUCCGCCCCACCCUCGACCGCUCAGCCGCCGACGGCCGCCCCGUCCGCCUCCUCCUCUAUCCAUUCCCUUCCGUCGGCCUGCCCUCCGGCGUCGAAAACUUAGCCACCAUAACCCCCUCCGAGGUCUCGCGCGUCAGUGAGGCCGUCGCCCUGGCCCCAGAGACGCACGACCAGCUCCUCCGCCAUCACCGCCCCGACGCCGUCAUCGUCGACUUCUAUUUCAGGUGGACCACCACCAUCGCCGCCGGCAUUCCCCGUAUCAUCUUCCACGCCAUCGGCGGCUUCCCCUACUUAGCCAUGAACAACCUUCACAAGAUUCGAUACAAGAUUCGAGAAGUCGAGAACGGAAGCGAACCGAUUGCGGUCCCUGACUUCCCAGGCCCAUCGAUCAAGAUCCCCAAAUCGGAGCUGCCGGACUUCCUCCACUCGCCGAAGCCCCUCACGGAGAAGUGGGAUCGGUUGACGGAGUUGCAGAUGGAAAGCUACGGCGUGGUGGCGAACACCUUCCACGAGCUUGAGCCCGAGUAUUGCGACCACUUCCGGAAGGUGGACUGCAAGCGGGCCUGGUUUGUGGGCCCUGUCGCGCUGUCCUACGGGGAGGGCGCCGCGGAGCGGGGCGGCGGGGGGACGGGGGUGGAGGGCGGGAACCGGUGCCUCAAGUGGCUGGACACCAAGGGAGAGGGUUCGGUGGUGUUCGUUUGCUUCGGGAGCUGGUGCCACUUCACGGCGGAGCAGCUCCGGGAGAUAGCGGUGGGGCUGGAGGCGUCGGGAAAGGCGUUCCUCUGG